AUGGCUCGGCGAGUGGAGCGGCUGAUGCUUUCCACGCCUUUGGUGCCUAGGAGCUUGGCAAGGAUCCGAGUCGUCUCUUUCCAGGAGAACAAGGUGGCCAUGGACUGGAUGGGCCGCUUUCUGCCGAUGCUGCGCUUCGCGAGCCCAGACCUGGGCUUCGACUUCCAGCGCCUGAAGCCGCGCAGGCCGGAGGCGGAGGCCGAGGAGGCCGAGGAGGCCGAGGGGGACGCGGCGGCCGAAGAGGCCUCGGCAGAGUCACCGGAGCUGCAGCUUUUAGAGGAAGCAGAGACAAGGAAGGAGCUGUCAGUCAGCGAGGAAGCGAGAGAGUGCCUCGAGGUGCAGUUCGCAGACGGGAGUUCCCAGCGCCUGAACUUGCAGCUCUACGUGUCCUCACAUCAACUCAUGCAACGCAUCUUGGAUAUUGAUGCCGACAAGGCGGCGAAUGCGUGA